AAGCGUAGAAAAAGUUUUCAUCAACAGCCGCCAUUUUGCGCUGGAGACACUGAGAAGAAUUUCGGAAUUUGUCGUGUAAAUUUUCUGUUUUUUCUUACAUCAUUUUAUCAUAAACUGUACCAUUCCGUGUAUUUUAAAGUGUUAAGUGAAAUUGUAUUAUUCGAUUAAUGAAAUAAGUCCAUAAAGUCGCGAAAAUCUGGUGAUAUUGUUUUCAUUUAUUGUGCUAGUUCGACGAAAGAUGGUGAGAGGGUCUGUGUAGCUCUUCGAUUCGGAGCUUUGUAAUGGCGAAUACUUGAGUGAGAAAUUUUAAUAUGUGCCUUCAAUGGUGCGAAGGACAUCGGACGAUUGUGAUGUGGAUGAAUUACGUUAUAAUGGAUGACAAAUCGCUCUAAAAUGUUAUUUCUUGAAGAUAUAAGACAUAAAAGUGUUAUUUGAAUCGGCGGGCCGAAAUAUUCACGACGGCUUACGUUUAGUAAACAGAGCCAUGGCCGAUCAUCAUGUGGAUGAACCGCCUAACAAGCGGGCAAAAAUGAUCCGGGACCCUUUCCAGGGUCCCUCGGACUCCGCGGCAGAUGGGUUUUCUAACCUUGACAUGUUCGACCUGGAAAAUCGCCUUCCUGAUGAACUUAUGGGGUCAUGGGUCGAACAGCCUGGAGUCACGGGUCCUAAGCCUCCAGCACAGGGGCCAGGACCUGGGGGGCAAUUAACCCCACAGCAACUUAACGGGGAUGACCCGACAGCUGCAAUGCAGAGGCAAAUGAACAACCAUCUUAUACAACAAGUCUUUUCACAGGGCAACAAAAGUGGCUUAGUAGGCCACGCAAACUCUUUAGGUUUGAAUAGUUUAGGAAGUAAGAGUCCAAAUUUACAAUCACCUCCAAAUGUAUCUGUAUCAAAGGACCUCAUGGGUGGUAUGCACUCACAACUAAUGCCAAAUACAAGUCAUCCAAAUCAACUACAUUCGACAAUGCCGAUGAGCUCCAUUCAAGGGGGAAUGAAUGUUGCAAAUGUUGGCAAUAUGAUUGUGACAAAUAGCAAUAUGACCGGCGCGGGCAUGCUAGGCAGUGGAAUUAUAAACAAUGUCAAUAAACAACUACCGGGACUCAUGGCCGGUAAUCAUCAUCCGAACCCUCCGCAUCAUCCGCACGCGCAACAGAUGCAAAACGGGCCGCUCGGAGGGAGAGUGGGCGGCGUGGGAGUCGGGGGCGUCGGAGGAGUGGGCAUGCAGGCACCUAACAUGCGGACGAGCCUGCAACACCACCCGCGCAUGCAGGCCCCGGGCGGCGGCGCUCUGCUUACUCCCUACCAUCCGACGUACGGGCAGUCGGCCACGGGCGGAAACGCGGGCGGCCCAGGAGCGCCUGCGCCGCGGCCGCCCGGUGUACGUUUCGGGCCUCCCGGCGAGAGCGGCGGCGGCGCGGCGCAGGCCGUGCCUCCGGCGCCGUCACCGCAGACGCCGGGCGCGCCCGCCGGCGGCCAGUCGCAGCCCCAGGCCGCCACGCAGGCUGCGGCGCCACCCUCCGCCGCGCCCGCACCCUCGGGCUCCAUCGCCGACCCGGAGAAGCGCAAGCUCAUCCAGCAACAACUCGUACUAUUGCUGCACGCGCACAAAUGCCAGCGGCGCGAGCUGCAAUCUAACGGCGAGACGUGGCAGUGCUCAUUACCGCACUGCAAGACUAUGAAACAAGUUCUGACGCAUAUGAUGUCGUGUCAGGCGGGAAAAAAUUGUGCAGUACCACAUUGUUCUUCGUCGAGACAGAUUAUAAAUCAUUGGAAGCAUUGUAAUAAAAAUGACUGCCCUGUUUGCUUGCCACUCAAACAAGCAGAUAGGACUAGAACUAAUAACAUGAAUUCGGCACCAGUAAGUCACACGACGACGGGCGUCGGCGGGGGCACCGUGGCCGGUGUCGGCGUCGGCGGCGUAGCCGGCGUCGGCAACGUAGGCGGUGUGGGCCCCGUGGGCGGCGUGGGUGGUGUGGCAGGCGUGGGAGGCGUGAGCGGCGCCCCCGGGAACAUGAGCGGCGUGGGCGGCGUCAACUCACUGGCGCCGGUAGCCGCGAGCGCGCCGCCGCCCGCGAGCAGCACGCAGGGCGCGGACAUGAAGCGCGCGUACGAGGCGCUGGGCAUCGCGUGCCCGACGUCCGUCUCCAACAUGGUGGGCGGCGGAUUCCCUCGAGCGGCCAUCGCGCGCAUGCCCGUGCCGCGCCCGCCCGGCAUGGCGGACGUGGUGCAGCAGCCGCAGCAGAUGUCGCAGCUGUUCGCUACGCAUCAGAACCCGCAAGACCUCCAGCAGCAGCAACAGCAGCAGCUGAUAAGUGCUGGCACACUACAAUUACCCGGCGGGCCUGUAACCGCUAACCCCGCUUCUGGCACGAAGGAGUGGCAUCAGUCUAUAACAUCCGAUCUCAGAAACCAUCUUGUUCAUAAACUGGUGCAAGCUAUCUUUCCGACCCCAGAUCCACACGCGAUGCUCGAUAAGAGAAUGCACAACUUAGUCGCUUACGCGAGAAAGGUCGAGGGCGACAUGUACGACAUGGCGAGUACGAGAUCAGAGUACUAUCACCUUCUCGCAGAAAAGAUAUAUAAAAUACAAAAGGAACUAGAGGAAAAGAGACAAAAGCGAAAAGAACAACAGCUGCAGGCGCAACAACAGCAGGCGCAGCAGCAGCAGCAGCAGCAGCAGAACCAGCUGCAGCAACAGCCGGUGGGCGUGAUGUCGGGCGGCGGCGUGCUGGGCGGGCGCGCGGCGGCGGUGGGCGGCCCGCGCGCGCCGCCCGCCCAGCUGCCCGCCAUGCGCAUCCCGUCGCCCGGCAUGACGCUCGCCAUGCCCGCCAACCGCAUGGCCUUCCAGGGCAACCUCGUCGGACCGCCGGGGCCCAGUCCCAACCAGAUGCCGCAAACGCCGAACGGCGGCAACGUGGGCGUCGGCAGCGUGGGCAACCCGGGCAUGUCGCCGUUCGGGCAGCCGAUGACGUCGCCCGCGCCGCAGUACCCGCCGAUGGCCAGCAACGGGCCCGCGCCGCUCGCCUCGCCCAGCCACCAGGGCGAGGCGAAGCGGCCGGCGGCGAGCCCGUUCGUGAACCACUCGGGCCCGUUCUCGCGCGGCGAGCCGGCCGCGUCGCCGGGCGUGGGGGGCGCGGGCGGGGCGCCGGGCACGCCCGCCACGCCGCUCGCGCUGCCCAGCCCCGCGCCCGACGCCCGGCCCGCCUCGCGCCCGCCCGCCGCGCCCGCCGCGCACCCGCCCGCGCCGCACCCGCCCGCCGCGCUCCCCCCCGCGCCGCCGCCCGCCCGCGACGACGCAGACCUCUCGCAGGACGCGCGCGACGUCCACAUAAAACAGGAGCCGGAGGAAAUCCGCAUCAAAGAAGAACCCGAUGAUGACUGUGGGGGUAAAGGCAUGCGCGACGAAAUCCCGAGCGAGCCUUCGCAACGAACUGAAUUUGUAGUAAAGCAAGAAAUCAAGUCAGAGAUUAAACAGGAGGUGAAAGAAGAACCUAGCGAGGCUGCCAGCGAGGGGGCUACCGCAAGACGAGUGUUCGUAUUCAAAGCGGAGGAGCUGCGGAUGGCCCUGAUGCCGACCCUGGAGAAACUGUUUCGCCAGGAGCCGGAGUCGCUGCCCUUCCGUCAGCCGGUGGACGCGCAGGCGCUCGGCAUUCCCGAUUACUUCGAUAUAGUAAAAAAUCCUAUAGACUUAUCUACGAUUAAGAUGAAACUGGAUCAUGGCGAAUACAAAGACCCGUGGGAGUAUGUGGAUGACGUGUGGCUCAUGUUCGAGAAUGCAUGGCUCUACAAUCGCAAGAAUUCUCGAGUCUACAGAUAUUGUAAUAAAUUGUCGGAGGUGUUCGAGCAAGAAAUAGACCCUGUGAUGCAAAGUCUUGGAUACUGUUGUGGGAGAAAAUACACAUUUAACCCACAAGUGCUAUGUUGUUUCGGCAAACAACUUUGUACCAUACCUCGCGACGCCAAGUACUUCAGUUACCAGAACAGUCUAAAAGCGUAUGGGGUUGUGUCCGAUAGAUACACCUUCUGCCAGAAAUGCUUCAAUGACAUCCAAGGCGACACCGUAACGCUGGGCGACGAUCCGCAGCAACCGCAGACUGCAAUCAAAAAAGAUCAAUUCAAGGAAAUGAAGAAUGAUCACCUUGAACAGGAACCGUUUGUUCUAUGUAUGGACUGCGGUAGGAAGCAGCACCAGAUAUGUGUGCUGCAUCAUGACCAAAUAUGGCCUCAGGGCUUCUGCUGUGAUAAUUGUUGGAAAACGAAGGGAGCUAAACGGAAAGAUAACAAAUUCUGCGCUAAAAAGCUGCCUACCUCGAAACUUGGCAUUUAUAUUGAAACGAGAGUUAAUAAUUUUCUUAAGAAAAAAGAGGCUGGCGCGGGCGAAGUGCAUAUCAGAGUUGUGGCAUCUUCGGAUAAGAUGGUAGAAGUUAAACCUGGAAUGCGAACACGAUUUGUAGAAUCGGGAGAGUUAUGCGCCGAAUUCCCGUAUCGGGCUAAAGCGUUAUUUGCAUUUGAGGAAGUUGACGGAACCGACGUGUGUUUCUUCGGUAUGCAUGUACAGGAAUAUGGAAGCGAAAGUCCGUCGCCCAACAAGAGACGUGUAUAUAUAGCAUAUUUAGAUUCCGUUCAUUUCUUCCAACCCAAACAAUAUAGGACUGGUGUAUAUCACGAAAUUUUAUUAGGUUAUUUGGACUACGCUAAACAAUUGGGUUAUACAAUGGCCCACAUAUGGGCUUGUCCUCCCUCAGAGGGCGAUGACUACAUUUUCCACUGCCAUCCAACCGAACAAAAAAUACCUAAACCGAAACGUUUGCAAGAGUGGUAUAAGAAAAUGUUAGAUAAAGGUAUAAUAGAGAGAAUUAUAUUAGACUACAAAGACAUUCUUAAGCAAGCAAUGGAGGACAAUAUCUCUUCUGCGGCGGAGCUGCCCUACUUUGAGGGUGAUUUCUGGCCCAACGUGUUAGAAGAAUCUAUCAAAGAGUUGGACCAGGAGGAAGAGGAGAAGAGAAAGCAAGCUGAAGCCGCUGAAGCAGUGAUAUUCCAGUCGUCGGAGGAGAACGAACAAGGCCCUGACGGAAAAAAGAAGGGACAAAAGAAGGCAAAGAAAUCGAACAAAUCGAAGGCCGCUCAGAGAAAGAACAGCAAAAAACAGAGCGACCAGCAGCAGGGUAGUGAUCUCAGUGCAAAGAUAUUUGCAACCAUGGAGAAACACAAAGAAGUGUUCUUCGUUAUAAGGCUACAUUCCGCACAGUCCGCAGCCAGUUUAGCGCCUAUCCAAGACCCGGACCCAUUAGUAAACUGUGACCUGAUGGACGGCCGCGACGCAUUCCUAACAAUGGCGCGCGACAGGCACUACGAGUUCUCGUCGACGCGGCGAGCCAGGUUUUCCACGUUAUGCAUGCUGUACGAGCUCCACAACCAAGGGCAGGACAAGUUCGUUUACACAUGCAACAGCUGCAAGUCCCACGUCGAGACCAGAUACCAUUGCACGGUCUGCGACGAUUUCGAUCUCUGCGUGGUCUGCUACGAGAAGGAGGGUCACCCGCACAAGAUGGACAGGCUAGGCUUCGACAUCGAUGUUGGUUCGUCGCCUGGCGAUAUGAAGCAAGCAAACCCACAGGAGGCGCGCAAGCUGUCCAUCCAACGCUGCAUACAGUCGCUGGUGCAUGCAUGCCAGUGUCGCGACGCCAACUGCCGACUACCAUCGUGCCUCAAGAUGAAGCGAGUUGUUCAGCACACGAAGAUCUGCAAGCGCAAGACCAAGGGCGAUUGUCCCAUAUGCAAGCAACUCAUUGCGCUAUGCUGCUACCAUGCGAAACACUGCCAGGAAACGAAGUGCUCGGUGCCGUUCUGCAGCAGCAUAAAGCAGAAGCUGAAGCAGCAACAGGUGCAACAGCGGGUGCAGCAGGCGAAGCUGCUGCGGCGGCGCAUGGCGGCGAUGAACACGCGCGCGUGCGCGACGGGCGGCUCGUCGCCCCCGCCGCCCGCGCUGUCCUCCCCGCCGCCCUCCAAGCCCACCGCGCACGCAGCGCACGCCGCACACCCGCACGCGCACGCGCACCACGCGCCCACGCCGCCCGCCACCCACGCCGCGCACGCAGCCCACGCGCUGCCGCACAACGUGCAGAAGGCGCUCCAACAGGUACACGAGGAGGCGGCGCGGCAGCAGGCUCCGUCGUUCGGCAAGCACUGCAGCCUGAUGGGUCCGCCGGGCGGGCCGGGGGGCCCGGGCGGUCCCGGCGGGCCGGGCCCCGUGGGCCCCGGGCCCGGGCCGGCGGCGGUCCCCGGCGCGAGCGCGGCGGCGGGCGCGCGCGCGGGCGCCGACUGGGCGGCGGGCCGGUACCGCGCGCCGCCGCCGCUGCACCACCCGCCGCCGCACGCGCGCCUCCCGCCGCACCACGUGGCGCACGCGCAGCACGUGCCGCAGCCGCACGCGCCCGCACAACUACAGCAACGAGCGCCUGCGCCACAACAACAACAAAACCAACCACAAAUGCACCAGCAGGCGCUACAGAAACUAAUGGCGACGUUAAGAUCGCCAACCAGCCACAAUCAACAGCAGGAGAUAUUACAAAUUCUCAAGUCAAAUCCACCGCUAAUGGCAGCCUUCAUCAAACAGAGACAGAACGCCCAAAACCAACAAUCGGCCGCGGGCGGCGUGGGCGGAGUGGGCGCCGCGUGCGGCGUCGGGCUCGGCGGCGGCGGCGUGCCGCAGCAGCAACAGCAGCUGCAUACCAUGAUGCAGCCGCAGCAGCAGCAGAGGCUGCAGCAGAUGCACCAGAUGCUGCCCCAGCAAACGCAGGUGGGAAAUGUGUCAAACGUUGGCAUGGGCGGCGUGGGGACGGUGGGAGGAGUGGGUGGCGCCGGCGGCGUCGGUGGGGUGGGCGGCGUGGGCGGCGUGGGCAGCAUGCCGCCGGCGGGCGCGGGCGGGUGGUUCAACAAGCAGGCGGGCGGCGGCGCGGGCGGAGUGGGCGGCGUGGGCGCGGUGGGCGGCAUGCUGGGCAUGCGCGCGCCGUACGCGGGCGGCGGCGCGGCGGCGGCGCGGCUGGGCGCGCGGUACGGGUUCCCGGGCGGCGGCGUGGGCGGCGUGGGCGGCGUGCUGCAGCGCUCGCCGCCCGCCACGCCGUCGUCGCGGCCGCCCACGCCGUCGGAGCUGCUGCUGCUGCGGCAGUCGCCCGCGCCGCCCGCGCCGCACCCGCCGCCCGACGACCAGCUGCCGCCGAUGACGCCGCAGGACCAGCUCACUAAGUUCGUCGAGCAGUUGUAGUGUACAUAGCCGAGGCGCGGCGCGUCGCCUUGUAAUAUAUAAGAUACCGGUGACGCCGCGCGGUCCCCGUCUCCAGUCCCCCGCCCCCUCCCCUCCCCGCCCUCGCUCGUGACCCCUCCCCAGCCCUAUUUAUUGUCGAUAAAGUUAUUGUUAGUGACGCGAGGGACGUAAGUUAAGUAUUACGAUGACCGAAUCGAGCGCUCAAUGUACAAAAUGUAAAUAUGAGAGAAGUACGUCCUGUCAGCUUCUGCGUAAUAUAAGUUGUUCGUACUGUAGGUACAUUAUGAUACUUAUUCUGUUUAUUGUAAUUAAAUCAUUUUAUA